UGCACUAAAACUAGCUCCAUUUAACGCCAACAGAGGUGUGUAGUGGACCGGCGCUGGGGAUCGAGGACGGUCGGAUCAAAGCUGCUCAGAUGUCCCAAUCUUCCUAUGUGAACAAUGACCCAAUCUACGGCCCAGACCGCGCGCGACUCAAUCUUGCCAGCCAUCCCUAUGGCGCUCAGCUCAGAGUGGACGACAGUGAUGGGGGCUGGUUCAAGAUCGACCUCCUCAACACUCACGUGAUCACAGCGUUUGCGAUGCAGGGAUAUGGCGCAUCUGGUUCUCAGGCGUACGUCACAUCGUUCCUUAUUUCCUCGUCCGAUGAUAAUUCCAAUUGGUCGUCGGUAGAGGAUACCCCUGAUCUCCUAAGAUUUUCCCUGGCAACACCGAUAACACUGGGAUUUUGAAGACCACCUUUUCUCCGCCUGUGAUUGGUCGGUACUUCAAGAUCAACACCAAGACUUGCUCUGCAUACUGCACCUUCCGAUUGGAAAUCUACGGCUGUGUCAAUGUUUAAAGAGCCCUACUCAGCCAAACAUUUGUUAUCGUUAAGGCCUGGCUAAGCAUUCAAACAUGUUUGUCAAACAUUUCGUUUGUCGCAAAUGUUUGUAUGUUUAGCCACCCACAAAACAUGGCACUCAAUUGGCUUCCACAACACGUACAGAUGUUUGAACGAGAUCAAAACAUUUAGGUUGAACGCAAAUGUUUUAUCGUUUAGCCACUAACCACACAAAACAUUGCGCGCGCUUCGUGAUUUUAUCGAAUCGCCGCUCGAAAUUCCCAUGGCGCCACUUUGAUCAUUAGCCACUUCGCCAAACAUGCUCCCGCGAGCGUUCGAUUUCAAUGUUUGACAAACAUGAUUGAAUGUCUAUAGAAACAUGUUCUGUGUACAUCUAUUUCCGAUGGGGAAUCUACGGCUGUGAGGCUUCCAGCUUGCCCAAGAAAAAAUCGUUAAUCACCGAGUCAUCAGCCCUGCAUUUGUUAUUGUUUUCGUUUCGUAUCGUUGGAAGAUACAUUAUACAAUAAAAUCUCAAAAUACCCGUAUAAAAACAAAAGUUUUACAUUUACCAGAUUUUGAAAAUAUUGAAAUAGCUUCCAUGCAGAUGAAAAAGAUGCCUUCUUACACUUGGCAUUCUGCUAGAGUGAGAAAGUGUUGGUUAAAAGAGACAUUUUUUUGUACAAACUAAAAUCUGUCUUGUGUCCUAA